AUGGCGCCGCCAGCGAUCAUUGCACCCUCAAUCCUCAGCGCGGACUUUGGCGCCCUGGGAAAGGCAUGCUCAGACACGAUCGACCAGGGCGCAGAUUGGCUCCAUGUGGACAUCAUGGACGGGCACUUUGUGCCCAACAUGACAUUUGGCGCUCCUGUGGUCACCAUGAUUCGGCCGCACGUUGAUCGACCCAAAGACGCAUUCGGCAAGGGCACGUUCGACUGCCACAUGAUGAUUGCUGAGGUACGGCGGAUGCACAUGGGGGCGCAGCAGCUCGAGUGCUGACUUGCACCGUAGCCAAAGAAAUGGGUGAAGGAAUUCAAGAAGGCGGGCUGCGACCUCUACUGCUUCCACUACGAAGCUGCCGUGUCUUCAACAGCUGCAGAAAGCCCUGAGGAACAGAGCGAUAAGAAGACGAGUCCGAAAGAGAUGAUCAAGUACAUCCACGAUCAAGGUAUGAGGGCGGGAAUCGCAAUCAAGCCGAAGACUGAGGUGGAUGUGUUAUAUGACAUCCUGGACAACCCGAACAAGGACGAAGUGCCUGAUGUGAGUACAUGUAGGCUGGAUGUGCAGCUGCGGUGACGCCUUGCUGAUAGCGUACAGAUGGCCCUCGUCAUGACAGUAGAACCGGGAUUCGGCGGCCAGAAGUUCAUGGCUGACAUGAUGCCCAAGGUGGAAGCGCUUCGCACGCGGUAUCCCAACCUUAACAUCGAAGUAGACGGCGGCUUGAGUGGAAAGACCAUCGACACUGCUGCGGAUGCAGGCGCAAACGUGAUAGUGGCUGGCAGCGCUGUCUUCGGCGCAAAGGACCCGGGUCACGUCAUCCAAGCCCUGAGGGAAGCCGUCGAGAAGCGUCGAUGA